AUGAAUAAUUAAUAGAGUAGGAACUUUGUCGGAAAGAAGAUUGAUGAUUAUAUACUUGUAGAUGUAUUAGGCACAGGAGCCUUCGGUUAAGUAAUUCUUCAAUUUAGAUUAAUUAAGGUUUUCUCUGCUUAGAAUAUCAUUACUAAGGAGUCCGUGGCCAUCAAGUCUGUGUCUAAAGCUAAAUUGUAAUCAUUUUGAUUUGAUAGUUAUUAGGAAAGAACAUAAUGGCUUAGUUGGAUAAUUACUAAAGACAGAAGUUUAAGUACUUGCUUAAUGCAGCAAUAUUAAUGUGGUUAAGAUGAAUAAGUAUCUGGAAAGCGAGAAUAAUUGCUAUUUAGUAAUGGAAUAUUGCAAUUGUAAUCUAAUUCAUUAAUGCCAAUAUAGAAGGAGAUCUUGAAUAAUUGUGGAAGAAAAAGAAUAGAAUAAUCCCAGAAGUAGAAGCUAUCUAGUAUAUCAAAUAGAUAUUAAAUGGCAUGAGAGGGUAAGACAAUUAAAAAAUUAUAGAUUGCACGAAAUGAAUGUAAUUCAUCGAGAUUUAAAAUUGCCAAAUAUACUAAUCUCUAAUAAUGUUCUAAAAAUAGGAGAUUUGGGUUUUGCUAAAAGAAUGGAGAGCUUAGACGGAGUUGUCAAAGAAGCAUUAGGUACUUUAGGCACUAUGGCACCUGAAAUCAUAGAGUUUAAGCCAUAUGGGAUUCUUGCUGACAUGUUUUCCAUUGGAGCAAUUUACUAUCAAAUGCUCUUUGGAGUACUCCCCUUCAGUAUUAAAAGCUACAAUGAUUUCUUGAGGGAUGUCAAAUCAAGUAUAUUCUAUAGUAUUAUUCUUUAAGAUUAGCCUAACUUUGCAAGAAAUAACAUCAAAAUAUCUAAGGAAUCAUAGGAAUUAUUAAUUAGAAUGCUAAAUCCAGAACCUAAAUUAAGAUUGUAAUGGAAUUAAUUGUAUGAGUCUCCAUUAUUUUCCAAUCAAGUGAUAAAUCCAGGUACUAAUUUAAAAUUGACUGUUUAUAGCCUUAUGUUAAUUAACAGUUGAAUAAGUAGUUGCUAAAUAAGUAGAUUUGAAAAUGAAUAAGUAAGUCUAUUAGCAAAACUAAUAAAAAUUUGACAACAUCAAUAACUAGGAUAUGAUAAAGAAACUAUAAUCUGAUGUUCCAAAGUUAGAGCACAAAUAAGUUUAGGAUAAUUCUAAUGAUGAGAAACUAUUAUAGGAGGCUCUUAAAUAAAAGCAAAUGUAACAAUAGAAGACGAAUGAUCUGAACAACGUGUUUGAGAAAUAUCUUAAUGAAAGAAAUACACUUGUAUUUUUAGGCACUGUUCUCCAUGAAAUUCAUUAGAGGAAACAUACCCAAAACACUAAUGUAAUUACUUUGAAUAUUUUAGGUGUUUCUUCCUGCCUUCAUUAUUUCAAAGAAAUUAAUUAUUGAAAUGAAUCGCUUCUUGGAGGUACUUAAAACAUAGAGAAAUAUCUAUAACUGUGCAUAUUUCUUUGAACUUUACACUUUCCCUUAAUUUAAUGCCUUUAUUAAGUUAUGCGAAGAGGAUUACUAAAUUCAGAUGGCUCAUUAUAAUGUGAUACAAUAACAAUUACAGUAUUUUAUUUCAUAUAUUUAGAAUUAUCCUUUAGCAAAUGCAAAAUUAAGCCAAUGAAAAAUAUAUAUCAGAAUUAUAACCUGCACCUUCAGGAUAAUUUGAAGAGAAUUAUCGAGAUAUCUUGAUCAAUUAUUAUAUGCAAUUAUAGGAUGAAAAGGGAAUAAAUGACGAUUAAGACAAUGCUAUAAAUAAUUUGUCUAUUUAUGUUUUAGAUACAAUAUUAUUUGAUAAAGAUGUUAAAAGAUAAGUAAGGCAUUCCUUUUUUUAUUUAUAGUUAUUAAACCAGAAAGUUGAGGACUAUCUCGAUAAGUUCAAUUUCUUGACUUGCAAAGAGAAGGAUGAAAUGAUUGCUUAAAAAUUUUAGCAAAUAUAUUCAUUUUGA